AUGUCAAAUUCCCAACAUGAUACUUCAAAGACAAUUAACGAGGCCAUACCAAUCGAUGCUCCUAGCAGCAAAGAAGUUGCGAUUGAAGCGACAGCCGUUGCUUCUUUGCCACCAGUAACCCUCCAAGAUGGCGGACUUCGGGCAUGGCUGCAAGUCAUUGGAUGUUUCCUUGUCUUCUUCAAUGUCUGGGGCUUCACCUUUGCAUUCGGUCUCUUCCAAAACUAUUACGAGACGUCCUUUUUGAAAACCAGCUCUGCGUCCGACAUCUCUUGGAUCGGGACGGUUGCAUCCUACCUCUUGAUCGUCAUUGGCAUCAUCUCUGGACCCUUGUUUGACCUCGGUCAUUACCGCAGUAUGCUUUUUGGAGGUGCCGCAAUGUCGUGCUUGGGGAUAUUUAUGUUGAGCUUGUCAAGCCAGUACUAUCAGAUCAUAUUGACCCAAGGCAUCUGCACUGGUCUGGGCUGUGGUGUUCUCUUCAUCCCCGGCAUGGCACUCGUUAGCCGCUCAUUCAAAACCCGGAGGGCAAUUGCACUUGGUGUUGUGAGUUGUGGCGCUCCAUUUGGGGGCAUCAUUUACACCAUCGUUUUUCAGCAGCUAAUCGACUCCUUGGGUUUCGCUUGGACCGUCAGAGUCAUAGGCUUUAUCAUGCUCGCGUCUUAUCUUCUCGCCUUCCCGCUCUUGCUUUGGGGCGCCACAAAUUUCGGUGAUAUCAGUUCUGGCACCACGCGGAAACUCUUUGAUAGAGCAGCUUUCAAGGAUAUCGGGUUUUGGUUUUACACCUGGGCAAACUUCUUUUUGUUUACCGGCUACCUCGUUCCCUUUUUCUAUAUACCCAGCUAUGCACAGUUUGUUCUGGGCACAUCACGAGCCCUCGCUCUGUAUUCGGUUGUGAUUGCGCAAGGAUCUUCAGUGGUGGGACGAAUGAUAGCAUCGACUGCUGCGCUGCACAUCGGCGUGAUGAUUCCUUGGUUGAUAUGCGGCUUCGUCUCCGCCAUUCUUUGCCUUGCCUGGAUAGGCAUUCACAGCAUAGGGGCGUUCUGCGCCUUCACCGCUCUCUACGGUAAGUUGGCCCAAGCCUUUAUUGCCAUUACAGUUGUGGUAAUGACUGGCAUUCAGGCUUCUUCAGUGGCGCGCUCAUUCCACUUCCACCUAGUAUAUUCCCUGUUGUCUGCCCUGAUCCAAAGGUUUUGGGAGCCCGACUCGGUAUGGCUCAAGCAAUCGGCGCCACCGCCUCCCUCAUCGGCAGCCCGAUCGCCGGAGCGCUGGUUGGUGAUGAUGGACGCCAUUAUGUGGGACUACAGCUCUUCAGCGGGCUUGUGA